AUGCAGUUCCUGGAGAAGGGUUUGUCCGGGCUGGAGACCGCGGUGCACAAGGUGGACGCCCUCGCCGCCAAGGUGGCGGUCGAACGCGGCGUCGCGCGCGAGGCGGAACCCGACGAGCUCGCCACGGACCCUUCCGCGUUCGACACCGCCGACGCGAUACGCGCGCUCGCGACCAGGCUCGGCGAGUGGACCGCACCCUCGAGCGCCGACGGCGGACGCGAGAGUAAGGCGGACCUCGAUGCGACGCUGACGGAGCUCGAGGCGGCGGAGGCGGCGUCGAGCGCGGCGGUGGCGCGAAGGGACGAGGCGGAAUCGCGACUCGCGGACGAGAUCGGGGUGCGCGAUCGCGAAGAGUCGGACGCGACGGACGAGGCGACGGGGCUCGAACGCGAGCUGGAGCGCGAGCGCGCCGCGCACGCGAUGACCAGGUCGCAGGCCGAAAGCCGAGCGCGGCACAUGACCGACGACUCCGUCGAGUACGACGCGAUGCUCGAGGAUGCGACGCGGGCGACGAGGGAGAGGACGGCGGAGGCCGAAGCCGCCGAGGCAGACGUUACCGCGGCGGGAAAACUCGAGCUGGGGCUCACGCGCGAGGCGGAAGAGGCGGAGGCGGCGGCGGAGGCGGCGGAGGCGGAGGCGGCGCGCGCGGAGGAGGCGGAGGACGCCCUCGACGGUGGCUCCUCGAGGUGCUCGACGGAUGACAAAACCGCGAGAAGACUCGACGAGCUCCGCGCGGCGGUGGCCGCCGCCGAGGAGGAGGCGGCGCGGCUGGCGGCUCGCGAGCGACGCGCGAGGGAGGCGCGGGAGGCAUCCUCGUCAUCCCCCCGCGGAAGGGGUAAGGAGGAGCGGGAGCGGGACCACGCGCGUCGCAUGGCGGACGUGAACGCACAGCUGGCGAGGAAGCGCGCGCAAGUCGUCUCGCUCGAGACGGAAAAGUCAGAGUUGGAGGCGAAACUGGCGACGGUGCUUCAGCGCGCGGCGGGGGGCGGUCGGGGGGGCGGCGGCGCGGGGUCGUCGUCGUUCGGUGUCGGCGUGUUGGGGCGCGGGGGGCUCAAGCGGCGCGGCGCGGGGGGCGACACAGCUGGCGAUUAUAGGUCGAACCCCGCGGAUACCCCGGGACGGAUCGGCUUUCGCAGACGGGUCCGCGUCGUGGCCGGGCGGGUCGACGCGCUCAGCGCGGAGGCGGGGAGGCACCUGCGCAGGAGCGGCGGGUGGAGGAGCGCGAUGAUCGUGUACGUCCUCUCGCUUCACUCGCUCGCGUUCCUGAUCCUGGCGGUUCGCGCGUUGACCGCCGCGCCGGGGAAAUAGCGCUAACGUUAAUCUCGGCGCCACCUAGCUACUAGGGGGGUCGCGUCGUGUCGUCGGUUGAGAUGAAAGGCUAAGAACACGGUCGGCUAGCUAAGAGUCGACGGGGUCC